CCCACGCAGCGACCAAAGCCAAAGCCAGAUGGAGCAGCAGCACGCCGCCUCCGCCGCCGCUAAACCCAUUCGUUGCAUCGUCAAACUCGGAGGCUCUGCAAUUACCUGUAAAAAUGAACUGGAGACAAUAAACGAGGAGGAUCUUAUGGUAGUUUCAUCACAGCUGCGGCAGGCAAUUAUUUCGGGCUCAUGUCACGGAAUGGACUGGAGCAAGAGGCCUGGAUCAUUGGAAAUUCCCAGGGUCAUUGAUGAUUUCAAUGAUAAAGAGGUUACUGACUCAAAGAAAUUUAUUGUAGUUCAUGGUGCAGGUUCUUUUGGGCAUUUUCAAGCGAGCAAGUCAGGCGUUCAUAAGGGUGACUUGAGCAGACCACUUGUUAAAGCUGGUUUUGUUGCCACACGUAUAUCUGUCACAUCUCUUAAUCUUGAAAUUGUCAGAGCCCUAGCAAAAGAGGGUAUUCCUUCUAUUGGAAUGUCUCCAUUUUCAUGUGGCUGGUCAACACGUGAAAGAAAUAUAGCUGUGGCUGAUUUAAGUACAGUGGCUAAAGCUAUCGACAAUGGAUUUGUACCUGUUCUGCAUGGAGAUGCUGUACUGGAUACUUCACUGGAUUGCACUAUAUUAAGUGGGGAUGUAAUCAUACGUCAUCUGGUAGCUGAACUGAAACCUGACUAUGUCGUUUUCCUAACAGAUGUUUUUGGGGUAUAUGACCGCCCACCAACAGAACCUGAUUCAGUGCUUCUUAGGGAAAUCGCUGUGCGUGAAGACGGUAGCUGGUUUGUAGUAAAAUCAGAAUUGCAGGACAUGAACAGGCAAGUUGAAAUAACAGUAGCAGCACACGACACAACUGGUGGCAUGGUGACAAAGAUAUCGGAAGCUGCAAUGAUUGCCAAACAUGCAAUUGAUGUCUAUAUUGUUAAGGCAGCUACGGAUCACUCAUUGAAGGCUCUACGAGGAGAUUUGAAAGAGAACAUACCUGACGACUGGCUUGGAACAGUUAUCCGGCUUGCCAAGUAGAAUCAACUGCUCCUUUUUUGAAGUAUAUCGACAUAGAUUUGGAGUAUGCAAGUUUUUGUGCAUGUGAAUUCAAGCAUUUAUUGGAGUCAGGUCAAUCCUGCUGUUGUAUCCUACUGAUUAACAAUUGUAGACGUCAUACCCCUUUGUAUCGUUUCCAGCUUUACUAUUUUUUUUUUCUGUCCAUUUUUUUUCCAAAAGCAAUGGUGACAUUAGAAUUAGUCCACUUCAUCAAGUGCAAAUCAAUCUGAAUACUUUCCCUCA